AUGUCUGCUCCUGGAGGACAAACUACAUCAGAAAUUAACGAACGGCACUCGCUGCGUACUUCAGCAAUUAUAUGCGCAUUGAUUCAAUCUGUAGCUACCGUGGGAAUAAGCCUAAUACUGCUUAUAUUUGUGCACAGUGGCAGAACGUCGAUAACAGUCGUUUUAGCAGUAGUAAAUUUAUUCGCAUGUGUUGCAGCAAUUGUAUUCUUAGCGCUUUGUGUCUUAAAGCGAAAAUACGGUCGAAACUAUGAUCGCAUUCUUCACACUUAUCUUCUCAGUAUGCUGGUUGAAGGCUUGGCUAGCCUUUUUGCAGUAUUAUUCUACCCGUUACUCUUAUUACAACACUUAAACGAAUGGGAAACUGAAAAUAUUGUUGAAGCAGCGUCGAUGACGAUUAUAGGAGCGGUAAUGGUUUCUUACCAAGUAUUCCAGAAGCGUAUUGUUGAAGAUAUGCUUACCUACAUGGAAUAUAAUUUCAAAUAA